AUGUUGACAGUUGAAAAGCAGUGGAUUAAUGUGCAACAGAAGACCUUCACCAAAUGGCUCAAUGACAAGCUGAAGGUGCGGAAGAUCUUCAUCGAUGACCUCGUGGUCGACCUUUCCGAUGGUGUUAUCCUUAUCCAUCUACUCGAAAUCCUGGGUGGAGAGUCACUCGGUCGAUAUGCCUCGAAGCCAAAGUUGCGGGUGCAGAAAUUCGAAAAUGUCAACAAGAGUCUCGAUUUUAUCAAGGGAAGGCGGAUCCCGAUGACGAACAUUGGAGCGGAGGAUGUUGUGGAUGGAAAUCGAAAGAUCAUCUUGGGCUUGAUAUGGACACUCAUUCUGCGAUUCACGAUCAGCGACAUCAACGCGGAGGGAAUGACCGCGAAGGCGGGUCUCCUUCUGUGGUGUCAACGGAAGACUGCUUGUUACGAAGGAGUAGAAGUCCGGGACUUCUCCACUAGCUGGAAUGAUGGUCUGGCCUUCUGUGCCCUUCUGGAUAUCCAUCGUCCAGACCUGAUUGACUUCGAUGCUCUGGACAAGAAGGACCACCGGGGUAACAUGAAACUCGCCUUCGACAUCGCAGCUAACGAAAUAGGCAUCCCUGACUUGCUCGAUGUCGAUGAUGUUUGCGAUCAAGCCAGACCUGAUGAGAAGUCACUGAUGACAUACAUCGCUUAUUGGUUCCAUGCAUUCUCGCAGCUGGAGCGUGUCGAGAAUGCCGGACGUCGGGUGGAGAAAUUCAUCAACAACAUGCAUGGUGCAUGGGAGAUGCAGAAUUCCUACGAGCGGAGAAUGAGGGAACUAUUGCGCGUUAUCAGAGUGCAACGUGAGGCAUGGAAGAACUCUUCUUUUGAAGGUACAUACAAGGACGCGAAAGAGCAAGCCCACCAGUUCUCCUUGUAUAAAAGAAACCAGAAGCGCCAGUGGGUUGCAGAAAAGUCGGAUCUCGCAGCCCUGCUCGGUAACAUCAAGACCAAACUCAGCACAUACCGAUUGCGCCCUUACCAACCGCCAAAGGAACUAAGUCUGGAGGUUUGCGAUGAGGAGUGGGAGGGCUUGACUCGUGACGAGCACGAACGUAGCCAGCUUAUUAACGAGACCAUUCGGGAUAUCAAGAAUGCCCUCCGCCGAUCGUUUGCAGACAAAGCCAACGAUUUUGCGCUAACGUUGAAGACCCUGUCUCUGGCAAUAUCUGGUCUCGAUGGUGAUGUAGAAGACCAAUUAGCACAUGUCAAGAGACUCAAUGACAACCUCCCUCCCCUCGAUGCGUUCUUAGAUACCAUUGCGGCUCUGGACGAGCAAUGUGCGGAGGCGAAUAUUGAGGAAAACGACUACACCACAUAUACUUUAGAUGAACUCUCUUACGAGCUGAGCUUGGUCAAGUCCAGCAUCUCCAAAAAGCUGGCAUUCCUUGACAAUCAACUCGUGGCUCGGAACAUGACCAACCUGACACCAAUUCAACUGGAGGAAUUUGAGUCUGUCUUCAGGCAUUUCGAUCGCGACGCUUCCAAUACUCUUCAUGAGCUUGAAUUUUCGGCAGCCCUCGCAAGUCUUGGCCUUGUAUAUGAUGAAGAGGAGAUGCAUGAUGUCUACGUGGAGACAUGCGGACCAGCUCGACUUGCGCAAAAUGCCGGUGUCAGCUUUGAGCAGUUCAUCCGAUUCAUGGUCAGCGUCACUGAGGAUCAAAACACGGCCGAGCAAGUCUACCAGAGUUUCCGCGAGGUUGCGGAUGGCAAGCCUUAUGUCACGGAGCUCGACCUUCGACACUCUCUCAUUCCCGACGAGGUAAUCGAACAUCUAGUCCAGACUAUGCCGCCGCACAACGGACCGGAUCUUCAAGAAGACAGGGACCUUCCCAAAUAUGACUACAUCAGCUUCAUGGAGAAGAUGAUAGAGCAUAACAACAGCGACCCUGUGAAUGGUGGGAAUUGA